UUCCUUCUUUUCCCUCUUCUUUGAUAUUGCACAGUGAUCUCGCGGCUUCUUCAUUCAUUUUAUUUAUAGCAUCUUGCUUCCUUCUUCUCCCUCAUUUCUUCAACUCUUUAUCGCGGUGUAACUCGUCUCCAUGGUGGAGCUCUAGGACAUGCAUUUUUGCAUUUCCUAUCCUGAGCGAAUACCGUAUGCUUUGGAGGUUAUCACGAGAUGGGUAGGGCGAAGCUUCAAAUCAAAAAAUUGGAGAGCAACAGUGCAAGAAAUGCCACCUACACGAAAAGGAGAGCAGGAAUUCUUAAGAAGGCCAAGGAGCUGUCCAUCCUGUGCGACAUCGAGGUUUUGCUACUCAUGUUCUCGCCCAAUGGAAACCCCACCUUAUGCCUGGGAGAACAAAGCAAUCUCGUGCAAAUGAUUUCAAAAUUUUAUCAGUUAUCGCCACAAGGAAGGGAAAACAGCAAGUUGGAGAUCCUUGAAACACUGAGAAAGACAUUCAAGAAUUUGGAUCAUGAUGUAAAAAUUGAAGAUUUUAUUGGUUCAAGUGCUCGGACAGAAGAGGAGUUGACCAACCAUUUGCAGACAUUAAAAGCUCAGUUGGCUGAAUUGGAACUGAGAUUGAGUUAUUGGACUGAUCCUGGAAAAGUUCAAAGCAUAGACCAGAUCCAACGUAUGGAACACACUCUCAGGGCAUCUCUUAAUCAGAUUCAAAUACAGAAG